UGUGUUUGCUGCUUUGCUCAAAGUUGAUGAAAUCAGCUGCACGAAUUCAUUGUUUUCUCCAAUGUUAAGCAAUGCAAUCUCAAAAUAACAACUUCUGAUGAUUAAGAAGAUCGACCUGAUCAUAUAGAACUGGUUAAAUCAUAGGACUAUGUGGAAAGCUUUUCUUUUUGUAAAAUUGGAUGAAAUUUGAAGGGUCUUCCAUGUUAUAUCCGAACAUCUGUAGACAUGCAGUGAUCUGAUUGAUCUGAAAAACCACAAUGUGUACACUUUGGACAUAUUAUCUCUUCAUCUUCGCACAAACCAUACUACUGUAGCUGUGUAUUUAAAGAAAACCUUGAAUCAGGUAUUGACGUUACGUCUUCAUAGACUCAAGAUUGUAGACUCCAAAAUGGAUGGUGCUGGAAUCAAAGUGGAACAGGCUGCAGCAGAGUCAACCUUGUUAGUUACCUCGGCAUCUGAUCUUCCUGAAGAUGUCCAGUUCUUGCAGAGUCAGAUUCAACAAGCUCAGCUACGCCAGCAGGAGGCCUCUGCAGCGAUGGUGGCAGGAUUGUCUGUCCCUGAAGACCAGGAGUGUUUAGAUGAUACCCCAGAUAUUCAAGCGGCUGACUCAAACACACCUAAACAGCCCUUUGUACCAUGUAAGGUGUGUGGGGACAAGGCAAGUGGUUAUCACUAUGGUGUUACAUCUUGUGAGGGCUGCAAGGGCUUCUUCCGGCGAAGUAUCCAGAAGCAGAUUGAAUACCGCUGCUUGAGAGACGGAAAGUGCAUGGUGAUUCGACUGAAUCGAAAUCGAUGCCAAUACUGCCGGUUCAAAAAAUGUCUUGCUGUUGGCAUGUCAAGGGACUCCGUGAGAUAUGGCCGUGUUCCUAAGAGGGCAAAGAGUCUUGAUGACCAGCAAGUGACCACAACAGAGCCUGGCCAGGAUGCCGCAGAGAUUGAGACAAAGCAACUGGCGAUCUAUGACGUCAUACUUACAAUAUCACAGGCACAUCACGCCAACUGUGCCCUGACGGAGGACAAGCUGAAAACAAUGAGCCGGACUGUUGGAUCCCUGCUUCCUGCAUUUCCUGUAGUCUUGAGCAGAGAUAAUGAGGACAUCCCUUUGAACUCAGUUGAGCUGCAGAAGUUAUCAAUGUGGCAGAACCUAGCCGUCCAUCUCACGCCUGUCAUACAAAAAGUGGUGGAAUUUGCCAAGAGGAUACCAGGGUUCAGUGAUCUGUCUCAGGAUGAUCAACUCAUACUCAUCAAGACAGGCUUCUUUGAGUUAUGGCUUAUCAGGAUGGCACGCAUGUUCGUUACUUUAGAAGUUUUGAUUACAUUUGGGGAUGGCACACAGAUACCAAGAGAGCAGCUUGAAGCGGUUUAUUCAAAUGACCUCAUCUCUUCAAUGUUUGAGUUUGCAAGCCAAUUUAACUUGCUCCAUUUGAGUGACACAGAGAUUGGUCUCUUCUCGGGCGUUAUUCUUGCAUCGUCAGAUCGAGCUGGUUUGACGGACUCGAAGGCAGUGGAGUUAAUCCAGGACAAGUUGAUCGAGGCACUCAAAGUGCAGAUCACCCGCAAUCACAGUUCAGAACCAAAUCUUUUUGGAAGUAUCAUGAUGCGGCUGCCAGAGUUACGAACUCUUGGUGCGAGUCAUAAUGAGCACCUUAAUUAUUUCAGAGAGAAUUGGCAGCAUCUUAAACUUCCGCCAUUGCUAUCAGAGAUUUUCGACAUACCCAAACAUGAUGAUGAGUGAUAGAUGUUAAAUAUUGUGGUGUAAGGAAGGCUUUCUGAAAUACACUGUAGCUUGGAGUGUGAUUGACAGCUGUAAGAAGAUUUUUGAUUAGCUGAUUGUGGUCACUGUUCGUAGCGUUGACCAAUCGGGGUGCUUGUAACAUAAGACAAUUUCUUGUCUCAUUUUCUUUCACUUGAACCCCUUAUAAGGAAUCUCACGAAAUAAGAGUGUAGACGAGUGCCAAAAUAAGGUACUUGGACUGGCAGUAGAGAAUGUUUCAAGUACAUGUAUUCUGAUAUGGAUGUUGCCCACUUUUGGAUCUCAUCAUCUAAUGAGGAUAUGUGUGCCUUGAACUUCUACACUGUAAGAAUAUCCAGGGAUACCCUCGGCAUGGCAAAACAGUUCUAUCGUUGAUUCAGGUCUUUUUAAAUUAUAUGCUUAUUCAGCUGAUAUCUACUGGGGUAUUCAAGACGUAGGGUAAUCUUUUUACUUCAUGUAACGAGUAGUUUUUUGUUAGUGAGAUAUUUUAGUCCCACUUAGUGCGUCUUUCUGUGGCAGCAGGAAGUGGCCAGUAUUCUGUUAUUCAUAUCUUACCCAAAUGUAUUGAUUUAAGUCUGGUCAUAACGGAGAGUAGUGUUCAGCAAAUUACUAAUCUUUUUGUGGUGACAUGGAAAUGGUUCAAAUAUUCUAUGAUCACAAGCAGAUACUUCAUCAGGAAAUGAUCAUUCUUGAUUGUAAGUGUUGCUGACGUUGUCUUGAUUUUGUGGAAAAAUAAAAAUGGUCUUCCUACCAGCUCUGGCCAUUCUAUUGGAUAUGGACUGCAAUUAUCGAAUUGCAAUGGGUGAUGGGUGAGUUAACUUUUCAUUUCGCACGCAAGAAAGUUUUAGAUACUACAUGCAGAUAUGAAAUUAACCUUGUGUUGCAAGUGUUACAGUGUACUAUGGUACAAAGAUGAAAGCAAAUCAGUAUAAUGUUGAUGUGAUUAUGUUUGGGGACAGGUUUUCAUUUUUGGAGUUCCAGGGUAACCGUGGCUGCAGUUCACCAAAGCUUGGUUGGACAUUUCAUAACUGCUGGAACUAUUUCUUGAAUUGGGUGAGAGUUGGCCAUUUACAGGAACUUGAUUAAGUAUGCCUUUGAGGAGCUGGAGUGAAGUUCCUGAUGCUUGGCCAAUUUUACCCAUCUUUUUGUUUUAUUUUGUGUGCCCUUCUGGUUCGCUCUGCUGUUAAGGAAUUCUAUUCCAACUUACUACGACCUAAAAUGAGCAUGAAAUGUUUUUUAAAUGCAUUUUUUUAGUUUCAUUUGUGUUUUGUUUUGAAUAUAAAUCCAUGGUUUUCCUUUGGCUUUGACAUGAGAUGUAAUCAAUAGUUGUGUCUCUGCCAACAUUUCAUAUGUAUGGUUGAUUUGAAUAUUUUCGGUUUCUUUACGAAAAUAGAAGCAUCAUGCAGAAUGACUUCUCGUCUCAGUACAAAUCAUCAAGUAUUUCAUAAUAUUGACUACUAAAGGAACAGCCAGCACACUGCCAGGUUGCUGUCGCAACCCAUUUAUAAAAUGUGUAUAUAAAGACUAACAAGUAACUAGCGAAAUGUUAUGUAUUUAUUUGUCAAAUGCAUGAUAUAAUGUUGUUAAUGUUGCUGUGUACAUACUUGACUUGCAUUUCUGUCUGUUCCAUAUUCUUAGGUCCUGCGAUGCCAAAUAUUGGGAGGUGGUCUCCUUUUGUAGGAGAGGCUAUUUAAUCCUACCCCAACAUAUUCUGUCUUGUCCCAUGAUAUCUCUAAAUUUCCUAAUUGUUUGGGAAAAUUGUAAGUCAAUAUCUUGUCUGUUCUGUUAUGCAUGUUACCGGGUGGCUGGGGGACUGAUUUUCUUAUGUUUGUACUGUUAUACAGUCAGUUAAGGUUGCUACUACGGUUAGCUUGCCAGUUUUGCAAUGAGUUAUAAUCAAAGCUCUGGGGGAAGGGUUUCACUUCGUGGGUGUCUACUGAAUCUCUCGGGAGCAAACAAGUCCUCAGUCUUUUCUUUGCUUCCCUGUCAGGUUACAUGUUGUGCUAUGGACUUGUGUAAUGUGCCAUAUAACUAGUGUUUUCAAUUGUAUAGUGAAUAUGUGUCUAAAUGAAAUUAGGUUUGGGAAAAUUAUCCUACAGGUGUCAUUGAGUGAAGAACUUUGAACAGGGAAAUGUAUUCCCAAUAGGACUAGUAUUCUUUGGACAACAGACAAUCGACAUAUGUUUUCGAUUUCCAAUCAUUGCCUACAUCUGUUGUCCUGUCUUCAUAAUUUUCGUAGCAUGAUGGUCCCAGUCGCCUGACAUUUAUCACCCACUCAGGCCUAAAAUUACAAAGUGCCCCCUCAACUGUUAUAUUGAGUUGAAACAAAGAUAAUUUCUGCACGAGCCUUAUGAGCUGGCCAUUGGCCUCCGACGGACAAUGACUCUGCCUGGCGAAUCAUCAAAGAGGAGCAACUUCAAAACAGGGCUACUAAAUUGUCGUUAAAUCGUUGUUUUCAGUCAAUUCAAAAAAUCAUAAAGCAGACCGCUGCAUAACUGGAAGGGGCGGGAGAGGAUGACAUCAGGAGGACCUAAGGUGCAUUACAUCAGUGCUUUGGUGCCAUUGCAUCUUCUUUUUAUGCAGAGAAGGGAGGUGUGAAAUGUAUGAGCAACUUAUGAAAAUGAUGUUAAAUCCAUCCAUUGGGUAACAUCUGGGUUCAAAUGACAACAGAACAACAUCUGCUUUGAUGUUAAAUCCAUCCAUUGGGUAACAUCUGGGUUCAAAUGACAACAGAACAACAUCUGCUUUGAUGUUAAAUCCAUCCAUUGGGUAACAUCUGGGUUCAAAUGACAACAGAACAACAUCUGCUUUGAUGUUAAAUCCAUCCAUUGGGUAACAUCUGGGUUCAAAUGACAGAACAGAACAACAUCUGCUUUGUUUCUGAGGCUUUUUACAUCAUCUUAUAUUACGUAUAUUCUUCUACAUACAUGUAUCUGUAUCCAAAUGUAUUGAACGCAUAUUUUAUUUCAUGUUGUCGAGUAGCGUGAAUCAGAUUUUAAGAAUUCUGUUUUUGAUUUUGAUUUUUCUAUUGAUUGUCUGUUUAUUUGAGUUGAUUUCAAAUCAAUUACUGUACUGAAGAAAUGUAGUUUCAAAUCAUGUAUAGGGCUGAGGAGGUUUCAGUAACAAUUAAAUAUUAUGAUUGAUUGAAGAAA